AUGAGGAGGAGUUUCCCCCCCCCAGAGAAACUUCUUCAGGAAAAACAGAUUGAGUCAUGGCUACGCUCCUUUCUGCAAGUGAGAAAAUACAACCUCGACUUGGCAUCACUGAUUCUUUACGCUUUCCAGCUAAGUACAGCACUCGCCUACCUGGAGAGCAAGCGGUUUGUACAUAGGGAUAUAGCUGCCAGGAACGUGCUGGUAUCCUCAGUGGACUGUGUUAAACUGGGAGACUUUGGCUUGUCUCGAUACAUGGAGGACAGCUCCUAUUACAAAGCCUCCAAAGGGAAACUGCCUAUCAAAUGGAUGGCACCAGAAUCUAUUAACUUCAGACGCUUUACCUCAGCCAGUGACGUGUGGAUGUUUGGUGUGUGUAUGUGGGAGAUCCUCAUCUACGGAGUCAAACCCUUCCAGGGGGUGAAGAACAACGAUGUCAUCGGCCGGAUAGAGAACGGAGAGCGUCUGACCAUGCCCCACAACUGCCCCCCUACCCUGUACAGCCUGAUGACCAAGUGCUGGGCCUACGACCCUAGCAAGAGACCCUGCUUCACAGAGCUCAAAGCCCAGCUCAGUCAGAUAUUGGAGGAGGAGAAGCUGCAGCAGAAGGAGAGGACACGUAUGGAGAUGAGACGUCAGGUCUCUGUGUCCUGGGACUCAGGGGGGUCCGACGAGGCGCCGCCUAAACCCAGCAGACCAGGGUACCCAAGCCCACGCUCCAGUGAGGGGUUCUACCCCAGCCCACAGCACCUGGGGCAGCCCACCCACUACCAGAUAGCAGGAUACCCAGGCCCCCACGGCAUGCCCUCCAUGACCAGUGGGAUGUACCCUCCCCAGGCAUCCCACGAUCCCCAUGACACCUGGAACCACCACCGGCAGCAGGACCUCCCCAUGUGGUCCCCCAACAUGGAGGACAGGGGGUCUCUGGACAUGCAGGUGAUGGGUCAGGUUCUGCCCCCCCUCCUGAUGGAGGAACAGCUGAUGAUGCAACAGCAGCAGAUGGAGGAGGACCAGCGGUGGCUGGAGCAGGAGGAACGCUUCCUGGUAAUAAAACACACACUAUAUAUACAUACACACAAACCACAUACACACAUACCCCACGCACAGACACACUAUAUAUACAUACACACAAACCACACACACACAUACCCCACACACAGACACACUAUAUAUACAUACACACAUACCACACACACACACACUAUAUAUAUACAUACACAAAUACCACACACAUAUACAAGCACACACACACACUAUAUAUACAUACACACAUCCCACACACAUCCCACACACACACAUAAUGGUUGUACAUACCUGCCUCCUGUAACCCCUCUGAUGGUGAUGCAGGAGAUAACAGACCUGCCUCCUGUAACCCCUCUGAUGGUGAUGCAGGAGAUAACAGACCUGCCUCCUGUAACACUUCUGAUGGUGAUGCAGGAGAUAACAGACCUGCCUCCUGUAACCCUUCUGAUGGUGAUGCAGGAGAUAACAGACCUGUCUCCUGUAACCCUUCUGAUGGUGAUGCAGGAGAUAACAGACCUGCCUCCUGUAACCCCUCUGAUGGUGAUGCAGGAGAUA